GUGGCGCCAGCUUCUCUCCUAUCAACAACAAGCUGACCACAGAUACAGCAGCUAGCUGGCAAUCAAUCGGUUAUUGAAUGAGCACAAGUGAUUUACAAAUUGUUACACUACCGCCAGAAUGAUUUCUUUAACGGAUUCACAAAAGAUCGGGAUGGGGUUGACAGGCUUCGGCGUGUUCUUCCUUUUCUUCGGGAUGGUCUUGUUUUUUGAUAAAGCUCUUCUUGCCAUUGGAAAUAUAUUGUUUGUAGCAGGUCUAGCCUUCGUCAUCGGCCUGGAGCGUACUUUCAAAUUCUUCUUCCAGAGACACAAAUUCAAAGCCACCAGUUUCUUCCUAGGAGGAGUGAUUGUGGUUCUGAUUGGCUGGCCCAUCAUUGGAGUGGUGCUGGAGAUCUAUGGUUUCUUCCUCUUAUUCAGGGGCUUCUUCCCAGUGGCAGUGGGCUUCAUCAGGAGGGUGCCUGUGCUUGGGUCCAUACUGAACCUUCCAGGGAUUAGUGGAUUGGUGGACAAAGUCGGCGAGAGCAACAAUAUGGUAUAACAGUGAACACCUUUGGAUUGGAGUAUAUGAUAUUGCUUUACUCUAUUCUAUUUAUAAUAGUUUAUAAUGGUGACUUAAUUCCCCAACAAGUUAAGACUUCUCCCAUGUUAAAGGUGAAAGCUGUGAAUCAAAAAUAUUUUUUCUGUUAAAAGAAACAACAAACCUUAGGGCAGUUGGCUUUAUAAAUCUUCCUUUGACACCAAGGAAAUGGCCUCAACCUGAUGGCUAUCAAUUUAUAUUGUUACUACAGGACUACUUGGUUUCAAGUCCCAAUGGUUGAAUUGGGCCCUUUUUGUGUCACUGCCCAUCGACUGACUAGUGAGUGGAGCAACCACUGAAAUGGACAUUUCAACAGAGGAGUCUGGAAUCUGUUACAGCAGUCUUUCUGGAACGUUGCUGUUGAAUAUUGUGUAUGUGCAGUUACAAAGAAGAGUGCAUUUUGGUUACCUUGAUGAAGACGUUUUCUCUCGUCUUUGUAUGGCUGUUUAGAGCACAGCUUGUGUUACAUCUAUGGUCUGUUCGGGAGAAUGUGGUGUGUUACAGAACGUAGAUAUAAAUGGAUUGUGAAGAACCGAUAUGUUAGUUGGUCAGAUGUGUGGAAAAUCAUGUCUGCUCUUUUCUAUUUCUAUCUAAAAUCCAUCACUGGACAUGUCUGCCAAUGGUCAAAUUGAGCUUUUAUAGAUAAGCAGCUGUAUUCAUGCAGUGGGCCGGAAAUGGAUAGAUUUGUUUUUGCUCCUCCAGGCCACCAGAUGAGCAGAAUUUGCACAUUUUAGACAAUGAAAUUGGUCCUCUGCCAGACCAGGGCACCGGGCCACCAAACCCAAAUGCUACAAAUGGGUCUAGCAACAGCCCGGAUGUCUUAGUCACUUUCUAUGUAAUAUAUUAAGUGACUUGUUGUCAGAUGUUUUACUCGUAUCUUUUGUAAAUACAUACUUGAAAUAAAGUGUGUUUUUUUUUUAACAUUC